GUAUCAACUAUGUGUAUAAUAUAUAUAUAUAUAUAUAUGAACAGAACAUAAAUAAAAAUGUUUGGGAGGUGAUGGAUUGUGUCGGCCAGUUUUGAAUUUAUCUUCCAAGAGAUGAUCAACGUGGCGGCCGUGCUCAGACGACAGACUAGCAGCCAAAGAAGAUAACAGGGGAUGAAACAGAGGGAGACGGGGCGAGUCUGUGAAGCCAUGGAAGCUGGAGAGUGCUGUUCGACUUCAACGAGUGCAGCAGAGAAGCGAAAGGGGAGGAAUUACGACAAACCCUACAGAGGAAUAAGGAUGAGGAAGUGGGGCAAGUGGGUUGCGGAGAUUAGGGAGCCCAAUAAGCGGUCGAGGAUUUGGCUCGGCUCUUACUCCUCCCCUGUAGCCGCCGCGAGAGCCUACGACACAGCCGUCUUUUACCUCCGGGGGCCAUCGGCUCGGCUUAAUUUCCCCGACUUAGUCUUCCAAGAAGACGAGCUUCACGACAUGUCCGCCGCUUCAAUACGCAAGCGAGCCACCGAAGUUGGGGCCAAAGUGGACGCUCUACAAAACAUCCAAUCAUCAGAGCCUGAAUCGAGUCGGGUCAACAAGAAACCCGAUUUGAAUCAGUACCCAAACCCAGAAAAUUCCGAUGAAGAUUGAUCACACACAUGAUCAUCAUCAUCAUCAUACCCUGCCUAGCAACUGUUAAUAAUCCUCUCUUUUCUUUUUCUUUUUUUCUUUCUCUAUAGACUUAUAGUAAUAUUUUUAUUUUCAUAAUUGAAAAAUACAUCUUUGUUUCUGGGUAUGUGAAAUUAAGGAAUCAAAAUCAAAGAGUUCCGAAGCAUGUUUUGGCGAUGAAUAUGAUCAUCGGUUUCUGGUCUAGUUUGUAACAGUAUUAACAGAUAGUGAUGAUGAAAGGUUUUGAUUAGUUAGUCAAUAA